AUGUUGAGACCAGCGGAUAAAAGUAGUUGUACCACCAAAGUACUUCAUAUGGUCUUACGGUAUACAUGUAGUUGCAGCAGUGAACUGGGUUGCAGUCUUGCAGAUGAUAUUAAAUUGUGUUUCUUACUUUCUUCAGGAAAUGUUAAAACUACAAAACUUUGUGUUAGUACACAUAAUACAGGUAGGUAAUUAUUUUAUGAAAUUAUUGUAAGAAGUUUAUUUUUGUUCUUUCAUGAGACAAUUUUAGCUGUCACGACUGUGGGAGUCAGUGAGCCUGCCCAGAGAUGGAGUUUGUCGGUGUCACAGUGAUACGAACAUCCCCGUGGAUUUAGUAUCCCCACACUAAUAUCCCUAGGGAUAAAAGUACCCCCGGUGGGGAUACCUACAACACUAGAAGCGAAAGUAUGUAAUAUUCAAAAUAUGAGUAGGAGGAAAGUCAUUUAUCUGUGCCUUUAUUUUUGUAGCAGCUUUCAGCUUGAUUGAGCAAUAACAGGAACUUUUAUUAAGCCCAACUGGCGUUUUUAUUGUUAUUAAAUAAAGAAUAAGCUGCUGUUUCUAUGUACUCACCAUUUCAACUGUUUCUUUGUAGUAAUCUGGUCAGUAAUAGCGCUUUUGAAUCUUGUUAAUCGUAUUAUCCCUUCCACAGUGACCUGCAAAAGGGGCAGAAUCGAGGGCAGAAUGACAUUCUUCGAAAACUUUCUGUCUCUCAUCUUCUCGAAUGACAAGUCUUCUAUUUAAUGUCCCUUCUUUUGUUUUAUCGAGAUAAAACAAGUUUGAAUUCGUGUCAACUUCAAUUUUUUUUGCAAAUCUGCACAAUAUCGCUUUUUCUUGCUUUGUAAAAUUCGAUGGAUACACUUGGUUUUUCACAUAUCCCAGUAGAUUACCAUAUUUAAUUGCAUCCAUUGUGAAUAAAUUAAUAAAUUAAGUUUCCUGCCAAUUUUGUUUCCCGCGAAAUGUCAGGGAUACCUGUAUCCUUAGUGAUGUGGGAAUGUAGGCAUUGUAGGGUGGUUCUUUAGGGAUAUGCAGAACACGACCGUCAUAUUGCUGGGGAUACACAUAUCCCUAGUGAGGUGAGCAUGGGGAUACACAUAUCCCUAGUGAUAUUAGUAGGGGAUACACAAAAGACGGGGAUACUCAUAUCACUGUGACAGGUUAACCAAGUCAAAUCUGAGUCCGAGUCAAAUCCGAGCCCGAGUCAAAUGUCCGAGUCAUUGUUUAAUCAAUGGUCUUUGCAGUUCAAUGACUUAGUACCCUAACCAUAAUCCCACUCCUAACUUACCCUAACCCUAUUCAACUGUGAAUUUUAUUCAAUUUUGGAGUUUGUCGGUUACUGACUGACUCAAAUCCAAGUUCGAGUCAAAUGUCCGAGUCACUGUUUAACUGUCUUUGUCGAUAAAAUGACUUUAGUUAGUACCCUAAACCUACUCGAUCCUAACCCUAUUCGACUUCACUUUCGUCCUUUUUUUACGCGACUCAGCAUUUAAUUGACUCGGGCUCGGGACUGACUCGGGCUCGGGACUGACUCGGGCUCGGAUUUGACUCUGUAAAUGGAUUUACUCCCCAGGGAUGCACAUAUUUCAAUAAAUUGCUGGGUGGUUUUCGGACAAUCUGGGACCGACUUUCUUGUAAUCUACAACCAGUGGCAGCUAACCAGUCCCAACUAAGCUUCCCCAGACUGGAAUGUAAAGUGUGUACACUGGGACUUAUGGGGGAUAGUUAGGUAUACUGUCUACACACACAAAUUUGGCGUACAUAUGGCAUACAUUUGUUUACAUAGACUAGCCUGACUGCAAAGUUUGGAAAUUGCACGCCAGAAAUUUAAAAAAUGUAAUAGUAAAGAUAUAGAAAGCAUCAAAAUUGCCGCCGCCAUAUCUCCGCCGCGUGCGCAAACUUUCCACACUGGUAGACUAGUAAUUGUUCAGAAUUUGGACCAAACAGGUUUAUACUAAAAAGGUGUAUUUGCAGGGGCGCCAGAAGCAAUGCGAAGUGGCAGGGGCAGCCAUUUCACAAGGGCACUUGCUUCUCAGCCAUCAUUUUUCUGGGCGGCAAUAAUUGUUAAAACUUUACUGUAUGGAUACUCGAUUACUUGUGGCUAUUAUGUUGAAACUUUUGUGCAUUUAUAUUUCCAAAAUUGGCAUACAUUCACAUGUGCCUGAAACGAUCGCAUGCAAAAAGUUAACUUUCCAGUUUCCAGACUGGAAGCUAGCUUCAGUUCCACAAUUUAAUUGAGGCUUGGGAAUGCCAUUACUGCACUUUCCGACACAGAGUCAAUGCAUUUGGAUGAAAAAAAUGCUCUGUAUAGCAAAUCUGCAGUCCUUUCAGCUAUGUCGGUAACAAAAGGUAGAAGCAUUGCAGUGUUUAAGGCAAGUACACAAGCAAAAUGUGGGUGCAAAAUAUGGGUAUUUGUGUCUGACUCAUCCCCAGUUAUCUCUGUGUUAAUAAAUUUUCACGCGUGGGUGGAAACAGGAAAUGUAGCAAGGGCAGCUUCCGCCUGAGCUUGAAAAUUUAUUAACACAGAGACAACUGGUGACGAGUCAGUAUUUGUGUGUGUAAAAAGUGCACACAACUUCAAUUCUUAAAGAAAUUAAUUUCUUUCUUGAAUGAUCAAAUUGUGUACUGGUACAUGACCGUACAUGAGUCCAAUUUGCAAAAAAUGUGCACAUCUGCUUGAAAAAUACCCACAGAAUAUCAUUUGUGUGCAUAGCAAGUUUAGCUGUCUGAUAACACACCAUGAAUAAUCACACCUCCAAACACAAAAAUGCAUGGUGCGGGUAAGCAAGAGCAGUUUAGCAGACCCUGCAUCAAUAAUGUACCCAUGAGCUCAUGUGUUGUAACUAUCUUCUUGUGUGAACUGAAGUUCACAUAUAUGGCCUAGUACCCCAACUCAAAUCCUAACCUCAAAAAUUAAACUGUUGAGGUCUGCUAAACUACACUCUAGCCAGAUGAUGACAUGAGAUACUCUUACCUUAAUGUUCUUACAAAAUGAAUUGAUUGCUUAAUUUAAACAUACUAAAAGCACAUAUAAACUGACUAGCCGUACUCUUAACUGUGCAUCAGAGGUCAUAGGUGUAUGAGGCAGCGGGGGGGGCACCCCCCAAAAUUUUGGAAAACCAUGGAAAUUCAGACAAAUGCUGGAAAAAUCAAGAAAAUUCAGGCAGAUUUAUCAGAAAAUAGGUUAAAUUCAGGUAAUUUCAUUACAGUCCUACAUAAAAUUCGGGCAAGCUUUCAACUGCCCCCCCCCCUCCCCCUGGAAAGCAUCAGCCCUGCAUGCCUGUGUCAGAGGUCUUCAAACUUUUGCACAAAGAAUCUACCAUGGUGCUGUCACCAUAACUGAGAUAUUGUACAGUAUUAUUUCACAGAAGACAGUAGUAAAUUGCCAGAAGUCAAAUUGUGGUCUGGAUUCUGGAAACUUGGCUUGGCCAAAGUUUUUGUUAAUCUUUUUGUUCAUGUUUAUCAAUGCAAUUUGUGCAUAGUAAAGACAAUGUAUUUUUGGACAAUGACUCAAUCAGGAUGUGUUUGCACUGUUUGUUCCCAGUUGUUGAGACAAUUAGUCAGCAACAAGUUGUUAUUAUCACUUUGGUUGAUGACAGUAACAGACUGGCACGAGCUUGUUGUCAUCAGACUUGUUGGAACAACUUGUUGCGAGUCUGUUGACCUUAUCAACCUUGUUACAACUUGUUUCAGACAUGUCAACAAUUGGGACAACAACGACAAUUACAAUCUGCUUAUUGACUAAGCAACAGGUUUUUUAUUAUCAACCGCACUACUACUUAGUAAACUGUCCUGUCCAUUUUUGCUUUUCAAUAGUAAACAUGUCGACAAAUGAAGAUUCUGGUGCCUUUAAAUGUACGUUGUGUACUAAAUCUUUUGAGCAACAAGAACAUCUUGAUCUUCAUAUAAAAUGGCAUAAUGGUUGUAGACCUUAUUCCUGUAAAGAAUGUGGAGCAAAAAUGAAAUACAAAGGCAGCUUAACAGUUCAUAUGAAGCUGCAUAACACUGAACGACCUUAUAAAUGUUUGAAUUGUGAAAAAUCAUUUUCAAAAUACAGUUAUUUAGAGCGACAUCUGCGAGUCCACACAGCAGACAAACCGCACCCAUGUGAUGUUUGUGAGAAGACAUUUCGUGAGAAGGCGCACCUAGCAGCACAUGCUCGAACUCAUUCAGGAGCACGACCAUUUAUUUGUACGGAAUGUAAAAAAUCAUUUCGUUAUCGGUCUAACCUUGCA